UUUAUCCGAUAGGAAAACAACGUGUCAGCUGUAUGCUCCACGUUUAGUCUGUGAUUUCAAGUAAGAUAAUAAUACGGUAAAAAGAUCAUCAGACAGGAAGAGAUUUUUUUUAACUGGACCUCCACAAAAACCGAGAGAGGAUAGAAACGGGGCGAUGGAUAUAGGAAACAUGGAGCCCGUGCAUGUAAACGAGAUUCAAGGAGUGUGGUUGUACUUGAAACAGAUUGACUUCAGCGAGCCUUGGUUUACAGGACUGGGUAUUUUCCAUUUGACAUGUUUCAUGAUAACGGCGAGUACGAGGAACAGCUCGAUGCUGCAGUGUUUACACUUCAUGGUUUUGUUGUUAUUGGUAUUUUUUGCUGAGAUGAUAAAUGAAUGGGCAGCUAACAAUUGGAAACUUUUUGCCAGACAGCAGUACUUUGACAGCAAUGGUUUAUUUAUAUCAGUCGUGUUUUCCACACCAGUUCUUAUCAACUGUCUUGUAAUAGUGGUAUUAUGGCUGAAGGACAUGAGUUUUAUGAUGUCUGAGACCAGGCUACUUAGAAUGACACGAAAAGAGGAUGCAAAUGCAAAGAAACAGGGCGCAGAGGAAAGCAAGAAGGACCAGUGAAAAGUGCCUGGAAAACCAGAGGAUCAUGUCUAGACUAUGGAUAAUAUAUAGCUCGCGUGACAUCCAUAUUAGCGUCCAUUAGUGCUAAUGACUGAUCGUGGACUUAGGUAUGACGCAAACAGCUGUAUAGCAGGGUUAAAAGGAAGGAAUUUAAAAUACGGCUAGAGGGAGAGACCCAAACACUGAGUUGUUUAUAUAGUAACCAUAGUUACGAAGGUAAAGGACUCGUCAUGGGUACAAGUUAAGUCUUUUACAGUCUUUAUGGUUCUGGACUCAUUUUUGUGGGCAAGUCUUAAAUGUUACUAUGGAUAUGGACUCAUUGUGUGAGCGAGUCUUACUAUGAAACUAUGGUUACUUUUUCUGCAAAGACACAACCCGCUAAAUACAGAGCCAAUAAUAAUCCCUAUCGAGGUCAUGUGACAGGGCCACUAGUCCCGAAAUACACCCGAAAUAUAUCCCACGACAAGAACACACAAAACAUAGGGAAAUACGCAAAAAGAAGGGACUGCGAAAAAUUACUUUUACAGUAAAUUUUGAUAUUUAUUUUAUCCUGAUAUGAGAUAAUUUGUUAAAUUUUGUUCAUUUGACGCUAGAGACAAAAUUAUAUCAGGAAUAGGUAAAACUCAAAAUUAACUGUUCAAGUUCUUUGUCUUCUUCAUAGGUUGACGGGUUAUAUUAUAAGGUUUUGCUGAUGUACAUAGCCUGUAAUUUGUCAAAAUGUUGUAAAUAUGUUUAAACUGUUGACUUUAUAAAGCCAAAAAAA